CACAGAUCCUGACAUCAACAACUUCUUGAGCAGCAAAGCUGGAAGAAAUAAUAUUUUUAAAUGGAUUGCUGCAUCUUUAUAACAUCAUACUAUGCAUCAUCAGCAUGUAAUGUGUUCGUGGUGAGUCUGGCCUUUGCUGACCUUGUGGUAGCCUUCUACCCCUAUCCCCUGGUCCUCUAUGCUCUCUUCCAUGAUGGCUGGGCACUUGGAAACACACAAUGCAUGGUCAGCGGUUUCCUUAUGGGGCUGAGUGUCAUUGGGUCCAUUUUCAACAUCACCGGCAUCGCGGUGAACAGAUACUGCUACAUCUGUCACUCCUUCUCCUACAGCCGACUGUACAGCUAUCGCAACACUUUGCUGUUUGUUGCCUUAAUCUGGGUGCUCACUAUCGUUGCCAUUGUUCCGAAUUUCUUUGUUGGUUCUCUGCGCUACGACCCGCGGGUCUACUCCUGCACCUUUGCCCAGAAUGUCAGCAGCUCCUACACCGUGGCAGUAGUGGUGGUUCACUUUCUGGUUCCCAUUGCCGUGGUUACUUUUUGUUAUCUACGCAUCUGGGUUCUUGUGAUUCAGGUACGGCGUAAAGUGAAGACUGAAGACAGUCCUCGCCUCAGACCAAGUGACUUGCGGAAUUUUAUCACCAUGUUUGUAGUAUUUGUCCUGUUCGCCAUCUGCUGGGCCCCACUCAACCUGAUAGGUUUGGCGGUGGCGAUAGAUCCAGCUCGUGUGGGUCCCCACAUCCCCGAGUGGCUUUUUGUUGUAAGCUACUUCAUGGCCUACUUCAACAGCUGCCUGAAUGCCAUCAUCUAUGGUUUACUCAACAGGAAUUUCAGGAACGAGUACAAAUGCAUUGUCACCUCCGUCUGGGUGACCCGGCUGUUCAUGACGGAAACGUCGCGGGCCGCCACCGAUGGCAGGAGCAUGAGGAGCAAGCAGUCACUGCCUCCGCCCCUCAACAAUAACGAGUCAGUCAGAGAUCGUGUAAUCAAAGAAUGAACCCUGGAUUCUUAAACGUGUCUUGUGGUAAUUCCUGUUUUUAUGUGACAUCAAGACGGUUGUGCAGCUAAGGAGUAAGAAGAAACCAAUGGAACUGGAAAACAUGGCUUUUUUAUUUAUUUAUUACACAACAAAGAUUUGAACAAUUUUAUUAAAUACACAUGACAGCUUUUUAAAGUGACUGAAGUGCUUUUAGGAUUAGCUCAACAUCUUUUAAUGUGAUGACAAUGUGUGUGUUCCUCUUCGGAACUGAUUUGCAUCCACAGAGCAAAAGCCAAGCAUUGCAGUUUCAUUAUGCUAUUAUUACAAAUCGAAUGGUUCUUUAAGAUUACAUUGAAAAUGUGAUAUCCUUUCAUUUCUGCUGCUGUAGACCUGUAGACAUGUUUCACAAAACUAGGUAAGCACCACUAGUAAACACACACCUCUUUGAGUAACUUCAAACGCCUCAAAUAAUAAAACUCGCCUCACCUGUAA